AUGCUACAGAGGAAUCCCCCAAUGAAUGUGUUUACUUUUGAGGCUGCUAUUGCAUUCGAGUCUAAGAUUGAUGACGACUGCUACAACGCUUGCUUCGAAAGAGCUGUAGCUUGUACAUUGUUUCAUUUAGGAUCGAGUGGGGGAUUUAGAGAGACUGCACAGGCAUUUGGUGUUUCUAAAUCUUGGUGUAUGGCAAGCGUCAACGAGAUCGUUCGUUUCCAUCUCUGCUGUGGGGCAAUGGACGGAACAUUAAUCGCCAUCAACCGCCUUCACGAUUUUGAGGGCUGGUACAAUCGCAAAGGAUUUCCUUCUGUAAACGUUCAAGCUGUUUGUGACCACCGCAAGCGAUUCCUUUCUUUCGACGUUCGCCCAGGGUCAUGGAGCGAUGCCAAGAUUUUCCAACAUUCGAGCUUUGGCCGGAACAUCUCUCGGCUUUUGCCCCGUGGGCAUCACGUUUUAGCUGACUCGGGCUACGGAGUCGCAUGCAACCUUCAACUUCAAUUUGUCAUCGACGCGCAUGGCGAUUGA